UGCGGAUCCCAGAGCUGUGCGUUCCCGGGGCUCUUGCUGCUGCCGUCGUGUUGGGAUUCUAAUCGUGAUGGGGACAAAGGCGAAAACCGGGGGAAAACAAUUGCUUCUCUUUACGACGGCGAUCCUGUGUCCCCUGGUGCUGGGCAAGGGUACAGUACACAUAUCUGAACCGGAAAUUCGAGUUCCUGAGAAUAACCCGGUCAAGUUGCCCUGCUCCUACUCUGGCUUCUCUUCUCCCCGUGUGGAGUGGAAGUUUGUCCAGGGUGACACCACCAGUCUGGUUUGCUAUAACAACAAGAUCACAGCUUCCUAUGAGGACCGUGUUACCUUCUCACCAUCUGGCAUCACCUUCCAAUCUGUGACCCGGAAAGACAAUGGGAUGUAUACUUGUAUGGUCUCUGAGGAAGGUGGCAACAAUUAUGGGGAGGCCAGCAUCCAGCUUAUUGUGAUUGUGCCUCCAUCUAAGCCUACAGUCAACAUUCCCUCCUCUGCUACCAUUGGAAACCGGGCAGUACUGACCUGCUCAGAACAAGAUGGUUCCCCGCCCUCUGAAUACAUCUGGUUCAAGGAUGGGAUACAGAUGCCUACAGAUCCCAAGAACAACCGGGCCUUCAUCAAUUCUUCCUAUACUCUGAAUCAGAAGUCAGGGGAGUUGGUCUUUGAUCCUGUAACGGGCUCUGAUACUGGAGAAUACAGUUGUCAGGCACAGAAUGGGUAUGGGACACCCAUGAAGUCAGAAGCUGUACGCAUGGAAGCUGUGGAACUGAACGUGGGAGGCAUUGUAGCAGCUGUCCUUGUGACACUGAUUCUCCUUGGAGUCUUAAUUUUUGGCAUCUGGUUUGCCUAUAGCCGAGGCUACUUUGACAGAACAAAGAAAGGGACUUCAAGUAAGAAGGUGAUUUACAGCCAGCCUACUGCUAGAAGUGAAGGGGAAUUCAAACAGACUUCGUCAUUCCUGGUGUGACCUGACCUGGCUCAUCUCCUGUCCUCUGUGCUUGCCCCACUCAGGUGCUGCCAGACUCUGGUCCCUAGUGUCUAGUUUCACAGGAUGCCUUAUUUGUCUUCUAGACCCCACAGGACACCCCACUUUUAUCUUCCUUAGAAUGUAACUGUAAUAACGUCAGCUACGUGCCCCUUUCUCUUUUCUAUCCUCCCUACCUUUCCGACCACUGUUGAGUGGCCUGAGACUUGUGUAAAUUUUAAUUCCCUGUCCUAGCAGGGAGCAGGCAAGAAUUCUGGGCAUGCCUCUGUUGAUCUCCCUCGCUAAGUAGACAGCAAGAGUGGCAUGGCUUCCAGGAAUUCAAAAUCACUACCUGGCCUUACUUAUGGCCUUUGAAUAAGGAUCUUGAGCCUAUUUCCUAGACUCUCUCCUGCCAUAAUGAGGACUGGUGCCAGCUGUUCUGGAGUGGGAUCUGGAGAGCAGAGAAGCUGAAAUGGUUGUUUGGUGACUACGUUCUCUUCCAUCUCUGGAGCCCACUCUUCUGUCUUCCCACGAAAAGUGCCACUGGGAUCCUCCUCGCUAAAUCUUCCUCCUGAACACAAGCAGACUGACACUGUGUCUAUAGGAAAGUGGGAGGGCAUAGUGAACUUUCAGGGGACUUGGAGCGAAGACUUAAAACCACUGAUUGAAAGAAAAGAAGGCUAGAGCUUUCUGUGCAAGCCAUCACUCUUCCCUCAGCUGGAACAACCGGACAGACCCUUUAAAGAUAUCUGUAGAGCUGUGAGGAUGUGCACGUAUUAUUUGUCUUGGCUCUUUGCUGAGCGUGUGUGUGUGUUUGUGUGUGUGUGUGUGUGGUCUUAGCUGUAUGCUGAAAUCAGGCGGAGUGUUGGAGGGCUUCCUAGCUCUUCUGUGAGAUUGUGUUUCUGUGUGUUUGUAUCAACCAGAUGUUGCUGGAAAUAAAAACUUGGUUUGUCAAA